CGUAUACCUGCGUAUCACGUAGACUACACCACUGAUUACAGAUGAUGCAGAACAACCAUUAAAAUAGUGCAGUCUUGAGGUCAAAAAUGCACGAAUAAGAUUCACUUUAUCAGCAACACAUAGAAUAUUUUAUAACUUGGCAACAUUUCUAAGGUGGAAGAAGGCUGUUUUUGUGACAUUUGAGAUGUGGUUUCCAAAUGACUGGUUGCUGUCUAAUGUUACGCCUAAGUCUUUAACUGUAACUUUAACUUUGUUGGAGUAACAGUGCAGCCUUCAAUUUGCAGGUAAUAAAAUAAAUGUUCUGUUUAUUAAAAUUGAAUAGAAGGAAAUUAAUAGUCAUCCAAUGUUUUAUAUCUUCAAUGCACUAUGCCAAUUUGGAUAGCUGGAAGAAAUCAUCUGGUCUUGAUGAGAUAUAUAGCUGAGUAUCAUCUGCGUAACAGUGGAAGCUUAUACCAUUUUUCUAAUAAUGUUGUCAAGGGGCAGCAUGUAUAUGGAGAAUAGCAAGGGUCCUAAAACCGAUCCCUGAGGUAAUCUAUAAUUUAAUUGCGUUACAUUUGAUGAUUCCCAAUUUAGUUGGACAAAUUGAUAUCUGUCUUCUAAGUAAGAUCUGAACCAUUGUAGUGCUUGUCCCUGAAUACCGUUAUAAUUUUGUAAGCGAUCUAAAUGUAUGUUAAGGUCUACAGUAUCGAACGCAGCACUAAGGUCAAGAAGGACUGAGACGUUACCUUUAUCUGAUGCUAUAAGCAGGUCGUUUGUAAUUUUAACAAGCGCAGUUUCAGUGCUUUGAUGCCGUAUAAAGCCUGAUUGAAUUUUUUUUUAUGCAUGUCAUUAUUUUGUAAGAAAGAGCACAUCUGAGUGGACACUACAUUUCUAGUAUUUUCGACAGUCUUUCCUUCAGGAAUACACAGCAACCAGCAUGAACUCAAGGUCAGAUACGGUCAUGUUUGUGAUUCUUCUGAUUGCAUCAUCGUUUACCCAAGGUCACACGAUAGUGAGCUAUGGAAAAGAAUUCAUCACAGCAUUUCCAGAGAACGUUGGUUACUUCUACCCAUACAGUUCUUCUAGAGGUAUAAGAGUCACCACCCUCCACAGCGACACUUUCUUCACUGUCUUCUACAACGGCACACAAAAAACAGUAACAUCCCUACAGCAGGGUGAAACUGUGUUUGUGUCGUUUCCCAAAACUGCUGAAGUACAUCAACUAAACUGCUCCAGGAAUACAAUCAGAAUUACCAGUGAAAAAGACAUUGCAGUUCAUUCUUUUAGUCAGACAGAUAUAGGUACAGCUACCACUCCAGAGAAAAGUGUCCAGAGCCAUGUUGUUCAACCCAUCACAAAUCUUGGCAGGAGCUAUUUGAUCCCUUCGCUUAACCAUUCAGACCUUGUCCAAACGUUCAGCGGAACCCUGGCAACCUUCCGGUCCCAAAGAUACAGCUCGUUCAAGCUGAUCAUCAUCAAUGCAGAGGACGCAGAAAACACUAUCACCAUUUUUAAGAAAAUUUCAGGCAGUGUGCAAGAAGAAAAGAUCAAGAUCUCAUCAUACCAGCUCAUCCAGAUGCAGGCCGAUGCUUCACUGAUAAAGGUUGAGUCUAGCCAUAAAGUAGCAGUGAUUCUGACUCAUCCAUGUCUAGAAAUUACAACCUCAUGUAAAUGCAACAUGAUAGUGAGUCAGAUUCUUCCUGUACGAUUUCAGGGUCAGAGCUUUGUUGUGCCGUACAUUCCAGGUAUAACCCAGAGCCGCUUACUUAUGACAUCAAAUGUCAAGUCAACUUCUCUAUCUCACAAUAAUGUUCAGUUACAGCCUAGUCCAUCAGGGUUGCUGUCUCUUUCAGAUCAGACGGAAUCUCAGUACGUAAAUGCGUCGGGAAACGUGUCCCUCAUACUGAUCAGUCCAGGUCUUAUCAUUGAUGUGAUCCCAGAAAACAUGUUUGCUGCUUGUUACCUGCUGCAGUUCUAUUCAGACAUCAAGAAAGCUUUAGUGAUAGCAGAAACUGGCAGCAAAAAUAAUGUACACAAACAAAACAUUCCUGUUACAAACACUCAGUGGACUGAGAUUACCGGCACAAAAUACUCUUCAGGUAUAAUAUCUUUAACAGAGUCACAAACCUUCAUCUGGCAUCCAUCCUCUAAGAUUGCCGUUUAUAUUCUGGAAAACAUUGACACCGCAGUUUAUGGAGGACCAGCUACACCUAUAAAUACACAACCGGAUGAGUUCGGCUGUGUGGUGAUUCCUGGACAGUUUGAAAUCAGAAACGAGCCUCUUAGUUGGACUGAAUCCCUGGCUCACUGUACGAGUCUUCAAAAACACCUCGCCUGUCCUACACGUGAAGACAUUCAGAUGGAUUUGGUCAAUACGUUUAACACAACCGAGGGUGAAGAGGCUUGGAUUGGCCUGCGACGUAGUCUAAUGACUACAGACUGGUACUGGCAGAGGCAAACACUAUCAACAACAUUAUCGCCCUCAUCAUCUGUGGAAUACGUUCACUGGGCUGAUGGGCAGCCACUUGUCAGUUUUAAGGGCCUUUGUGCUUCAUUGUCAUUAGAUCAGGACGAUGAGUUCAAAUGGAAAACUGCAAAAUGCUGCGAGAAAAAGCGCCCUGUCUGCUACAAACCCCCAAUAUAUCUUAUAUGAAUUAGUAAACAUAUUUCAGGUUCAAAUAUAGCACCAUAAAUAUAUAUUUGUGCAUUUUAACAUCGCUGUCUUUACUACGUCAACUAUAGUUGCUAAAACAUUACUGUAGUACCUUUAUAAUCCUCAUUAUCAAAUUCCUGUAUUCUUAAUGCAAAAUGUUAUUGAAAGAAAUACAUUUCUAAUUCCUGUUUAAAUAUGCAGGUUUUCUGUUAGCUUGGGAUAGUGUUGGAAUUUAGUAUGAAAACAUAAAGCAACAGGUCUUCUAGGAUUUCUAAGUUACACUCAAAUAUAGCUAUUAUUGAGCUUUUCUGAAAAAUUUGUUAGAAGCUAAAGGCCUACCUAUGUUUUUCAAAGCACAUCAUACGAAGAGUUUAUUUGCAAAAAUAGAUAAUGCAGUUUAAAAAAAUCUUCAAAAGCCAUGUUUUUUUAUCGUGUUUUAUUGUGUUAAUUAGCUAUAUCUUUUGAGUCACUAUUACUUAAUCAAAACAACCCAACUUCAGUUUGAUUGACAUUACUUGGAAUGCACAAUGAAAUAUGAUUCUUAAAAACGCAGUUAUCUGUUUUGCAGAUGAACUCUUCCCAUGCUUAUCAGCUUUUUCUCUAACCCAACCAUAUUCAGAUUGCCAGCACCCAGGAGCAUAGUUUUGUUUGAACAUUAAGGGGCUUUCAUUAAUCAUUGUAUUCCCUACAUGCAAAUAGCAUUCUAGAAACAUUUACUUUUAUGUCUUUCCAUAGUCUAUUCUAGUUAUAAAUUUAAUACAUUUUAACAGAAUAUAAACAACUAUAUAAAUUCAUUUGAGUCUGUAACGUGUUUAAAAUAUAGUCCAUAAUAAACUUCAAUAGGCCUAAAAUAAAAAGUAUAAUAGUAUAAUAUUCUGUGUAAUGUCGAUAGAAAGUUAGUUGUAAAAUAACCUGUAAAUUGUAGACUGUGUGGCAUGAUGUGUAUGUAUCAAACUUCCAACAUCCACAGCCUCUUUUGUCAGUGCAAUAUUUUGAGGCAAACUGUUGGUGGCGGUAACGAGCUUUAUUGCUUUCCAUCUCCGAAUUAAACAAAUCACAAGGCUUGCGUUUAUUGUGCAGUUUUGUUUACUGUUAGCCUAAGUUGUAUAUUUUCUCAAUUUCUACAUAUUGUGACACUUUAGACUUGUUCUUAAAUGGUAAGACUAAUGGCAAUUAUGAAUAUGUGUUAACAAAUCAGGUUAUAAUGGUUCUUAUGUUUGCCAAAUAAACUGCUUGCCUUUGCCGA